AUGAUCCAUCGUAAUAUAAAAUACGGAAUUCAUCCACUCAGUUGGACCGAGUCGCUACGUCAAUUCUCUAGGGGCUUUUCUUCCAACAGGGUCUAUGUAGACAAAGAUACAAAAAUUAUUUGUCAAGGUCUAACGGGGAAACAGGGAACUUUUCAUGCAACUGAAUGCUUGAAAUACUAUGGUACAAAUUUUGUCGGAGGGGUCCACCCAAAAAAAGGUGGCUCCAUGUGGACUUCCUUGGAUGAGCAGUUUACGCUACCUAUUUUUUCAAAUGUACGAGAGGCAGUCAAAGAAACUGGAGCAGAUGCUUCCAUAAUAUACGUCCCACCACCAGGUGCCGCUGAUGCUAUCGUUGAAGCAAUAGAAGCUGAAGUACCCUUGAUUGUCUGUAUAACUGAAGGAAUACCACAACAUGAUAUGGUCAAAGUGAAGACCAUACUUAAAGACCCCAGCUGUAAAUCGACAUUGAUUGGACCAAAUUGUCCCGGAAUUAUUAAGCCAGAAGAAUGCAAAAUUGGAAUUAUGCCAGGAAAUAUACACAAGAAAGGCUCAAUAGGAAUUAUAAGCAGGAGUGGCACACUUACCUAUGAGGCUGUCUCUCAGACCACCAAUGUUGGAUUGGGACAAUCAGUUUGUAUAGGCAUCGGUGGGGAUCCAUUUUCCGGCAUUACCUUUACGGACGCGAUUAAAAAGUUCGUAAAGGACCCACAAACCAAAGGAAUUUUGGUCAUUGGAGAAAUUGGUGGAACUGCUGAAGAAGAUUUGGCUGAUUGGAUAAAGGAAAACCCAACAGAAAAGCCAAUAGUUGCGCUAAUAGCUGGAAUAGCUGCUCCACCCGGUAGAAGAAUGGGACAUGCUGGAGCAAUAAUAAGUGGUAACAAGGGGACAGCUCAGGGGAAAAUCAAGGCCCUAAGGGAAGCUGGUGUAAUUGUUCCAGAUACACCCGCGGAGAUGGGAAUUACAAUGUUCAAUGCUCUCAAAAGGCAACUUUAA